AUGCAAACUACCAACAAGCUUCCCCCGUGGUCUGUGACACACUCUUGGACUCUUUCCAGUGACACGCCCCAUAUCAAAAUGUGCAUGUACCACGGCACCGACGGCGAUCCAUCUCGUGUCUUUCGCGGCGAACUCUUUUCCAUGAUCGCCAUCAGGCUGCAGCGCUUACAAUUGGAGGAGCUCAAGAAGCAUCUCAUUAUUCCUGUCAUGCUCAUUUCUUUCGUGGGCGAAGAGCAUGACAGAAUUCUCCUUACUCAUUUCAACGGGGAGAAGCUGAUUAUCCACAUGUCGCCCCUUGACCGCUUCCGGGUCGAAGACGAAGACUCCAUGCUGUUGUUUACGCGCUACCUUGCAAGUGAUAUCGAUCCUCAGGGCGUGACAAAGUCGUUGGAUUUGAAGAAGCCAUUGGAUUCGGGAGUGCUAUCGAAUGUGGGCAAGCCAGGGGAUUCGCGACAUUCAGUGAGUCAUGCGACGCCGUUGGGUUCGGGGAAAUAG